AUGGGAAACCUCUUUACCGAUAAGAUGUCUUCCUUAGAGAAGCGCGAUAUCCAAAGAAAACUCGAGCGGGGCAGCAUGCCUCUGCACAUACCAGCUGGCUUUCCAGAAACCUAUGCUGAAGAAUACCCGAACCCCAGAACGUCACGAGUGUCGCGUUCUUCCAACAGUACCGCGCUCAGUCUAAGAAGCCAGAAACCUAGGAACGCCGACCGCAUUUUCGAUGGAAGUGACCAUAUCAGCGAUACAGGUCGCAAGUUUCGGCGUCGGCCAAGCAUCGAGGCGCGCACAAGAAAGAGCGAUUAUCAUGCGCUGCUUGAAGGCGGGAGCUUGUGGAGUGACGAUGAAGUCAUCGAUGAUGUUGACGCGGACGUGCAAGGACCAGUGCAGUCAGAGCCUGUGAGAGAAGAGUCAUCCAACACACAGCGAGUACACUUGGCAUCGCCGCUACAAAAUGUAGCUGUGGAUUCACCGAGACAGUCAAUGAUCAGCGUACUAUAUGGCCGUCAGAACCCGGAUUCCUGGUACUUGACACGGCGCUUGGCUCGGUUGUCUGCUGUCAACAUUGAUACCGAAUUCGAUUCGACUACACUGCUCAGACGCCGCAACAUCGACGCUGAUGCAGCGGAACUUCACCAACUAUGGCGACGCACUGGUGUUAUACCCACCCGUUAUCGCGACGUCAACUUCGACCCCGACGGUAUCGACCCGCGGCACACAUGGAUCGCGUGCUGGCCACUGAUCAACGCAGCGAUACACGGCUACGUGAUAAAUGAUAUCGAAUUCGUUGACCGCGUCAUGGACCUGCUCGAAGAGAAGAUAGCGAAGGGCGUACGACCAGACAUCGAUACCAUCUCGCACAUCUUUGGCGAAAAAAGACACAACAUGCCGAAAGCUCUAGGCCGCUUUCUAGUCGAUCGAUGGCUCGACUCUGCAGCGCAAGGGUUCGGCGACGUCGAUCCGUCAGACUUGCCGCAGCCGUUCGUUUGUUCCGCGCUCGAGACAGCUAUGCGACGCCUCUCAAACGAUGAACGGUCUUCGUCGCUGGCGGGCUGUCAGUAUCAUACGCAUGCGAAGCCCGAAGAGUGCUAUAAGAAAAGGUUGGUGCCCGAGGAAGCGAAAAGACAACAACGCUACAAGUACCGUCGCGAGAAAGCGAGUCGCGAAGCUGAGCAGGUCGCUGCAGAUUCUAUCGAAUGUGGCAUUGUGGUGGUGGAUUGGGAAGGGCGAAGAGUGGAGGAACACAGGAGGUUGCGCGACGAAAGCGAUGCUUCUUUGCCUGCUUUCGAUGACCGGAUAGGGACUGCAGACCAAAUGCACAAGGUAGAUCCUUCCGACGGACUUGAUGUACUAGACGACACAGACGUGAAUAACCAGCUCAAUGCGAAAUCCUCGUCGUCGUCUAUGUUCGGCACGUCGCAAGCCGACGGCCCCGUUGACGAGGUGAAGUUUGCGCCACCGACACGCGAGCCACCGCCGAUGCCGCCAUCGCCAAACCCACGUGUCGGACGCGAUGACAGCGCUGUUGAAGGCGACCAGGCCUAUUAA